AUGAGCGUGGAGGAGCUGCAGCCAAGUUCGCCGGUGGCAGUGAACGAUGAUGCCGACGACGUGGUGGAAACGGAGUUGGUCGCUUACGACGCACAUCACACGCACCUUGUCGAAGGCGACUUUUUCCCGGCUGAGGCCCCGGAGGUCGAGGCUGAUGGAGCAGUCGCUGAUGCUACGGAGGAAGUCGACGCGCUCGUUGACGCCAUUGCCGCCGAAGCAGCAGCAGUGGCAGCAGCGUCGGUGGUGGCAACCCCGCCAAAGCCGGUCGAAGCGCCGUCCCGAAAGCGGGUUUGCUGGGCCGAUGAGGGACACCCCGACACCGCCCGUGGCCUGGUGAAGCACGUCACGAACUUCUACAUGCCCAACACCCUCUCACGCGGCUCCCGUUACGACACCGCCGACCAAGCUAGCCCUACGCGGCCGACCAACGCGACGGCCGUCAAUCCGACCCCACCCCUGUUCCGGGAGAAGGUGAACUCGGAUGCAACCACGUACAAGUUCUGUAAGGCGCAGCGGCCAGCGCUGCAAUACGCGGAGUGGAGGCGGCAGCAGCAUGAGUACGGCGCCACACCCUUCGAGCUUCAGCCGGUCGAAGCCGGGCAACUGACUGGCAGCGCGAGCGUCGCCGCAAAGACUCUGUUUGGUGAGCUCUUCCAGCGCAGCGUCGUCGCACGCGUGUCUGAAGGGCAGGUGCGAAUACGCAACGGAACGCACCACAACAGUCAAGACAACGGCUUCCAGCAGCCUUUUGUGCGCAUCGACGCGACGUUCGACGAGCCUCUCCUCAUCCCGUUGUAG